AUGCAGGCGAAUAAUCCAACCUUCAAACUCUCUCCUCUAUCCUUUGGCGGCCAGCGGGCCUCGCCAUUCCGCCGGCCUUCAACGCCUAACUCCCCACCAUCUGGUCGCCCCGCGACUCCAGGUAGCUCUCCUAGUAGAGGAUACACGCCGAUGGUAUCGCCCAGCAAGUUGAAUCAGUCAUACACCGUUGAAGAUGAAGAUUCUUUUUCCCCGCGGGCGGCGGAUCCAAUCCCUCAGCCUAAGUUCACGCGCGAACUACCUCCUUCACCUACCAAAGGAGCACGUUCGCCAGGUCAUACCUCGCCGAUUCUGAGCAGCUCUAGCGGAGUUGUGGUCGCAAAUACCGACGCCUCAUCUAAGAUCCCUCCAAAUCAGCUGAGAGAGAUCAGAGAGGCAUUCCAGGUCCUUGAUCGGGACAACGAUGGACUAGUAAACAAGGAUGACGUUGCUGAAGUUUUGACAAAUCUGGGCCAAGAUGCAUCGGCCUCAUCUCUUGCCUCAUUUUUCCCGCCUGGAGCUGGGCAGACAAUCAACUUUCCUACUUUUUUAAACACCCUAUCUCAAUUGAUGUCCCCAAUGUCUUCUUCUCAAGAACUGCUCAAUGCCCUGGCGGCAUUUGAUGAUGAUGAUAAUGGUCAAGUUGAUGUAGCAGAGCUACGUGAUGCUUUACUUCAUACAGCGCCUGAGGAUGGAGGAAUGCCCCUGACAGAACGCCAGAUUGAUGAAGUUUUUAAUGGGUUUACUGGACGCCGUGCGUUUGGAGGCCGAGGCGCAAUUACAGGUGGGAUGGGAAAGAGAGGCGAGGUUUUCCAAUACCAUGAUUUUGUUCGCAGUGUGGUAGGUGGAGGAGAGAAUGGAAAUAAUGGGCGACGAGAGACUGGCACUGUUCCGUCUUGA